AUGGGCUUCCACAAAUCAUCCAUGGACAUCCAGCUCAAGAACAACCAUCUUCUAUGCGCCUACUGCCGUCGACCGACUGGGGAGGCGACCUAUUCGGAGCUGGAUUUGAAUAAGUUCCUGGGGACUAAGAAGGGCAAGUUUACAUGGAGCGCUGAGAACUUCGCAGACCACGCAGCAGGUGUGGAACUCCAACUCGAAGGCCCAACCCACGAGCCGAUCCUGCAUGCGCGGCUGAACGAUGGGACCGGGGGUUGCCGCGAGGAUAAGGUGAAUCUGGCGGACUGUAUCAAGAACGAGGAUGGGCACCUGCGGUACAUGGAUUGCUUUUAG